UUCAAAUUUAAUGAUGUAAUCAAGUUCCGAAUCUUAAAUAUUGACUUUUCUUCAACUUCACAUUCUUAAAAAAUAAGGAAAUACUGCAGCCAGAAGUUGAAUACAUAUCUAAUCCCGAGUUACCAGAUUAUCUAACGAAGAUACCAUAUACCAUCUUGAAAUUAUCUUCUUCGUCCAUGUGGAUUACUCGCGGCUAGUGAAUCUAAAAGGGGGUCUUUUCUCGUUUGUAUUUUUAACAAAUAUUAAACAUACAAAAUGUGUAAGAUUCAUCAAUUACAAAUUAUAGAUUACAAUGCUAGCAUUUAUAAUUUUCUUGGAAGGAAGUUUCUUUUAUGUUCAAAAAUUUUAAUCAAGCAUCAAUUUACUUAGCAGAGGUUAAUGAAAUAAGUUACAUCUUAAGUAAUACUACCACCACACCACGGAAAGCUUCGAAACUUGGUUUAUACCUUAUCGGGAUAACAGGAGGUAUUGCAACAGCUAUCAGUAUAAUAUGUAUUCCAUUUGUGAGCCCUGCGUUUCGUAAAAUAUGUUUGCCUUACGUGCCAGCCACCAGGCAACAAGUACAAAAUGUAUUACAAGCCUUAGAUGGACGCGGUGGAUCUGUAGUUGAUCUUGGAAGCGGAGAUGGACGCAUAGUUUUUGCUGCAGCGAAAGCUGGAUUCAAAGCUCAUGGCGUUGAAUUAAAUUCUUGGUUAGUAUGGUAUUCCAGAUUGAAAGCCCUACUUACAGGAUUAUCGUCGCAAACAUCUUUUAUAAACCAAAAUCUAUGGAAGUAUAAUUUAAGAAAUUAUGAUAAUGUUGUUUUAUUCGGUGUUGAUCAAAUGAUGGAAGACAUAGAAAAGAAAUUCAGGACAGAAUUACAAAACAACUGUGUGAUAGUUGCUUGUAGAUUUCCACUUCCUAAUAUGAACGCACUAAAAAUAGUCGGUCAAGGUGUCGAUACCGUUUGGAUUUAUAAAGUUUCAAAAAGGACUUGAAAUUAUAUGUUUAUUCUUAGAUAUGAGUACAAGUGUCUAAACGAUACUUCUAGUACUUUCAUAUAAAAAGGAUGGCAUUUUGAUUUGCAUGUUCUUUCUUUUUAUAAUCAACAUCCAAACAUACUAUAUUCUCUUCAAUUAUACUGUCAGGAACA